UCAGCCACCCCGUGCAGCCCUGCAUUUAACGAUGGAUCCGUGCAACAAGGAAAAGGUUGACAGUGUUAUGGACGGCUCAGAGGAGUGUGAGAAUAGUGAUGAAGAACAAGACAAUACGAUAGAAUGGGAUGAUUUAUCUGACAAGGAGAGUGUUGCUUCUAGCAUGGACUCGGCAGUAGAUGAGAUGUCCAUCGAUGAUCUCGAAACUCUUCUGGAUGAGUUCUCAGAUGUCUCUGAUGAUGGUGACUGGUAUCCAGAGACCACUCCACGAAAGAAGAAGAGAUCCGGACUGUCUUCCGUAUCACCAUCUCCAGCAAAGUCUUGCAGGUCAGGUUCACCUGCCUCUGUGCAAAGUGGCAAAGGCAAAACUAGGAGAAGCAGCGUGAGUCGAUCCCUACCUUUUUCCUUAAGCAUCUCAGAACAAAAGUGGAAAAGUGCAGAUGAGCCUGAUAUUGAGCCGGCACAGCCGGUGUUCAAACCUAGACAAACACCCGGCCCACGGCUGGUCUCCAGCGGAUCAUGCAGUCCUCUGCAGUAUUUUGAGUUGUUCUUUUCAAAAUCAGUCCUGCGGACUAUUUUAACAAACUCGAAUGCAUACGGUGCCAUGCGUCAGGAAGGGGCGAAGAAGCCAUGGGAGGACAUUACGGCAAAAGAUCUCAAGUCAUUUCUGGCGCUGGUGAUUUACAUGGGUUUGCUGAAAUGCUUCAAACUGACAGACUACUGGAGGAAGUCUCACAUAUAUAAUCUUCCCUAUCCUUCUCAAAUCAUGUCCAGCAGGAAGUUUCUGACCAUAAGCAAAGCUCUUCAUCUUAGCGAUCCCAAAGUGGAUGCAGAAAAUGACAAGAAGAAGGGAACACCCGAAUACGACCGCCUGUGUAAGAUCAAACCACUCUACCAGGACAUCAGGGAUGCAUGCAGAGCUUCUUUCCACCCCUUUCAGAACAUCUCCAUUGAUGAACGAAUGGUGGCAUCGAAGGCUCGAAAUGGACUCAAACAGUACAUGAAGAACAAACCUACAAAAUGGGGGUACAAACUCUUUGUACUGGCAGAUUCCCUCUGUGGCUACACAUGGGACUUCUUCAUUUAUGAAGGAAAAGCCAAUUUGGAUGAAAGCAAAGGUAUUAGCUAUGAUUCUGUCAUGAUUCUCGCAAAUGAAAGGUUGUUGGGAUCUGGCUACAAGCUGUUCGUUGACAACUUUUACACCAGUCCAAAGCUCUUCAGAGACCUUCUGCAGAAAAAGAUCUGGGCUUGUGGCACCGUUCGCGCAAACCGCAUUGGCCACUCAAAGACACAGGCUCCUCGUGGGAAUAUUCGCUGGUUUAGGGAAGACGAUCUGCUGUUUGUUGAGUGGAAAGACAGGAGGGAUGUGCUGAUGUGCUCCACCUUUCACAAAGCCUUCAAAGGCGACUCCAUAAAGAGGAACGUGAGAGGAGCCGAUGGCGUUUGGGCCAUUCAGGAUUUCCCAGUUCCAGCUGCAGUGCUGGACUACAACAAGCACAUGGGAGGUGUGGAUCUGUCUGACGCACUUAUAGGAUAUUACACAGUUCUACAUAAAACCAAAAAGUGGUAUCGUUCCUUUUUCUUCCACUUUGUGGACAUCGCUGUAGUCAAUGCCUUCAUUCUGCACCAGCAGAUGGCCAAGAUGAAGAACCAGAAGCCUCUGACCCAGAAGGCCUUCCGGGAGGCACUUGUCACUGAGCUCGCAGGAACAGGACCUGCAACUGGCCCCGCAUACAUACGCCCGACUCUUAACCAUUACUCCCAUUUGCCCAAGUACAUCAGUGGUGACAGCAGCAUUGGAAGGCGAAAAUGCAAAUUGUGCCGCUUCAAAACUCCAGUCAUGUGUGUGACUUGCGAUGUGCCGUUGUGCUUCGUUCCCAAGCGCGACUGUUUCACUAGCUGGCAUUACCCGGAUAUCAGCAGCGAGGAUGGAGAAGAGUAAAGGCCUAAGUGCAAGGAUUCUGAGUCUAGUGCAAUUCAAACACGAAAAAAAACAAUACUCAGAAUUGGAGCAUGAAAGUAGCAUAGUAGUUUGAAUCGAAUGUGACAAGACAGGAAAAUGAGAGUGGAAUAACACAGUCAAUCUGCAGCAGCUUACAUCUGUUACAAUUUUUUUAUGCGUACUAAACACUUGUGAGACUUAAAGGGAUAGUUCACCCAGAAAUGGAAAUUACAACAUGAUUUACUCACCCUCAAGCCAUCCUAGGUGUACGUGACUUUCUUUUUUCAGAUGAAUACAAUCAGAGAUGUAUAAAAAAAAAUG